AUGGCUCCACAACUCCCAACCCGCAAGCUGGGCAAGAAUGGUCCCCAAGUCGUCGCCGAAGGUUUCGGUCUCAUGGGUCUCUCUGCCUUCUACGGCAAGCCCGAGGCUGACGAAGAGCGCUUCAAGGUCCUCGACCGUGCCCUGGAACUCGGACAGACGAACUGGGACUCUGCAGACAUGUACAUGGACUCGGAGGAUUUGCUGGGGAAGUGGUUCAAGCGGACCGGCAAGCGUGAUCAGAUCUUCCUCGCGACGAAAUUUGCCAACAAGAACGUCGGCGGCGCGUUCACCGUCGACAGUUCCCCGGAAUACGCAAAGCAGGCGUGUGCUACGAGUCUGAAGAGACUGGGCGUGGAGCAGAUUGAUUUGUAUUAUUGCCACCGCGUGCAGCAUGAGGUUCCGAUUGAGAAGACCGUACAGGCUAUGGUUGAGCUGAAGAACGAGGGGAAGAUCAAGUACCUUGGUCUUAGUGAGGUUUCAUCCGAAACCCUGCGCCGUGCCUGCAAAGUUCACCACAUCGAUGCGGUCCAGAUUGAGUACUCCCCAUUCGCCCUUGAUAUCGAGCACCCAUCUGUCCAGCUCCUCAAGACGUGUCGGGAACUCGGCGUCGCAAUCGUGGCUUACUCUCCCCUUGGACGUGGCUUCCUGACAGGCGCCUAUCGCUCACCCGCCGACUUCGAAGAAGGCGAUUUCCGCACCUUCGCGCCCCGUUUCUCCGCUGAGAACUUCCCCAAGAACCUGAAGCUCGUGGACGGGAUUUCCGCCAUUGCCAAAAAGAAGAACUGCACGCCCGGCCAGCUCACGCUCGCUUGGUUGCUAGCGCAGGGUGAUGAUAUUAUCCCUAUUCCCGGCACGAAGAAGAUCAAGUAUCUGGAGGAGAAUUUGGGUGCUUUGAAUGUGAAGUUGAGUGAGAGUGAAGAGAAGGAGUUUCGGGCUGAGGUGGAGAAGGCGGAGGUGCAUGGGACCAGGUAUCCGGAGAUGAUGAUGGCGGGGCUGUUCGCUGAUACGGUACCAUUGGAUGGUUAA